UAACCCAAGGACUGCCCUCUUCUUUAUCCGCACCGACCACCACAAAGAAAGAUUUCUCUCAUGGAAAAUGCACUCAGAUAUGUUUGUAAUUUCUCCUGGAAAAAAAGUACAAACCGGACUUCUGCCAUGUUCUUACGGGACGUUGGGAGCCUGAAGCAUCUCUCUAGAGGUGCAUAACAACUUUCCACAAUGAACAGCAGUAAGAAUGGCACAGCGUUGGAGGGUUUGGGUGCGAGCGGGACCAUGGUGCUUGAGUCAGCUUCAAUCAUUGUUAUUUCUUUGCUCAUCUGCUUGGGAAAUCUGCUUAUUGUGGUGACACUUUAUAAGAAGCCUUACCUGCUGACACCCAGCAACAAGUUUGUGUUCAGCCUGACCUUGUCCAACCUGCUACUGUCAGUGCUUACUCUCCCUUUUGUCAUAGCCAGCUCCCUGCAGCAAGAGUGGAUUUUUGGGGUGGUGUGGUGUAACUUCACAGCCUUGCUUUAUCUGCUUGUUAGCUCCGCAAGUAUGCUGACACUAGGAGCCAUUGCUAUUGACAGGUACUAUGCUGUACUGUACCCUAUGAUCUACCCCAUGAAGAUAACAGGAAAUAGGGCUACAGUGGCCAUUGUCUACAUUUGGCUUCACUCUUUAGUGGGCUGCCUGCCACCCCUCUUUGGUUGGUCAUCAUUUGAGUUUGAUAACUUCAAGUGGACCUGCACAGCAGCCUGGCACAAGGAUGUUUGGUAUACAUCUUUCUGGGUAACUUGGUGCUGUUUGCUUCCCCUGGCAGCUAUGCUAGUGUGCUACAGUGUUAUUUUCCGUGUGGCCCGUAUCAAAGCACGUAAGGUGUAUUGUGGGACCGUGGUGGUAGCCCAGGAAGAGCCUGGUAUGCAGAAAAAUGGUCGCAAGAACUCAAACACUUCCACCUCAUCUAGCAGCAGCCGCAAGAGCCUUGUCUACUCAGGCAACCAGUGCAAAGCUUUCGUCACCAUCCUGGUGGUGAUGGGGACAUUCUUGGCCACCUGGGGCCCUUAUGUGGUGGUGAUUGGAACUGAGGCAUUAUGGGGAAAAGGUAGUGUUUCUCCACAGCUGGAGACUCUAGCAUCCUGGCUGUCUUUUACAAGUGCAGCAUGCCACCCAUUAAUCUAUGGGCUGUGGAACAAAACUGUGCGUAAGGAGCUGCUGGGGAUGUGCUUUGGGGACCGCUACUACAGAGAGUCAUUCGUCACCCGUCACAGGACAUCACGACUCUUCAGCAUCUCAAACCGGAUCACUGACCUAGGGAUGUCUCCUCACCUGACAGCCAUGCUAGUUGGAGGAGGGCAGCUUUUAGGACCUGAAAGUAGCACUGGUGAUACUGGGUUCAGUUAUACUCAAGACUCAGCUACAGACAUCAUGCUACUGGAUAACUAUUCAUCUGACACCUCUCAUUUCACACACUACAGUGGCUUUAAACGAAGAAGCUCUGUCACAUUUGAGGACCAAGUGGAACAACCUCGUAAAAGUGACUUCCCAACAGUUCAAGUUACUGCAGAUGUCCAUAAGUCCCUUGACAGCUUUGCAUCCUGUCUGGCAAAGGCCAUAGAGGAUGAUGCCAAGCUGCAGCUGUUUGGGGAGAGCACGCCAAUUCCAAGCAGUUUAUUUAUAGUACGCAACGCACCGAGGGGACCACGGUAUCUUGAUGGGCAGAGACUUAGGAUGGAGAGCAUUGAUGAAGGAAUAGUCAGAGAUGAUGAUGAUGAUGAAGAAAAUGUCCAUGAUGAAUCUGUGUGAUUGUUUACAAACUGCACCUUAAGUACAGUAUAGAGCUGGUACACUGUGCACUAUGCAGCCUUCUUUGGUACAUUGCCGUCUUAGGGUACAUUUCUAUCCAGUUAAAAUUUUGCUUAGUGUUCAUGUAAUUGAUAAACAUAGGAACCACAAGCUGAUUAAAGACUUGGAUAUACGAGACUGAGACCUAUGCACACAAAGCUAAAUGUACUGUAAUGGAGAUGCCUCUUUGUAGCAAAGUCAGGAGACAUUUGGCUUUCGGUUAAGUAGGCAGUGCUCAUGUACAGAUGGCACUGAAAACAGGUACAAAUGAGAAACUUGUAAUCAGUACUUUGUCUAUGUCCUUCCCAAAAGGAAACCACAACCACUGUACUAAUUGUCUGUGCUGUCUAUGAGGAACAGUUAGUGCCGAGGAGGCUUGUAACUUAUGUUUAGUUCAAAUAUUAAUCUAUACUUAUUGUGCUUUAUAUAAAUGACUAAUUUGUAUGAAGAUGGUGGGUCAAAACAAAUGAAUCUUGUAUUCCUGUUUUGAGUUAGUCUGGUGGCAAUAUGGCAUGACAUUUCUAAUGUAAACAAAAAAAAAGUUAAUGGUGCCUUAUAAUCAGUAUUAUGGUCAAUUGUUUAUAUGCUAGUAUUCA